AUUUCUUGUUAUCAGAGUAUCAAAACAAAGAUUUUCAGCGCCACUCUUUCAUUCAUCUCUCUCAGUUAGCUUUUGGCCUAAUAGAAAAUCAAGAAUCUUAGGCCAUGGCAAUGUCAAUUGGACAAUCCUAUACAGCUUCUACAUCAUUUGAUCAUCCAUUACAAAACCAGUUUUCAAGUUCAAAGCCAUAUUUAUCACCAUUUUUCUCCAAGCAGAUUGCACUCAGAAAAUGUGACAAAAUUAAUCUUUUGUCCAGGAAGCCUUUGUACAUUUCUGCAGUGAGUAAUUUUGGAUACAUUGAUGAAUCGAAGGAAACAUCAAAACCCCGCGAAUCUUUAGUCCAGUGCAAUGCCUACGAAGCUCGUCGAUCGCAGCCAAUACCGAUUAGCAUUGAAUUUGACGAAGAAGCUCAACAGGCUGCAGCGCAGAAGCUUAAGAUUGGCAUCUAUUUUGCUACAUGGUGGAGCCUGAAUGUGAUUUUCAAUAUCUACAACAAGAAGGUCCUCAAUGCCUUUCCAUUUCCUUGGCUCACUUCAACUCUGUCCUUAGCAGCUGGCUCUUUGUUGAUGUUAGUUUCAUGGGCUACAAGAAUUGCUGAAGCACCAAAGACUGAUUUUGAGUUCUGGAAAACUCUGUUUCCUGUUGCUGUUGCACAUACAAUUGGGCAUGUUGCAGCAACAGUAAGUAUGUCAAAAGUGGCAGUUUCAUUCACUCAUAUCAUCAAGAGCGGUGAGCCAGCUUUCAGUGUUUUGGUUUCAAGAUUUCUACUAGGAGAAGCUUUUCCUCUGCCAGUAUACCUAUCACUUCUGCCAAUUAUCGGAGGUUGUGCACUUUCUGCAGCCACUGAACUCAAUUUCAAUAUGACUGGUUUUAUGGGGGCUAUGGUAUCAAAUUUGGCAUUUGUGUUCAGAAACAUCUUUUCAAAGAAAGGCAUGAAUGGGAAAUCUGUUGGAGGAAUGAACUACUAUGCUUGUCUUUCAAUGCUAUCUCUAUUGAUUCUGACCCCUUUUGCGAUAGCUGUGGAGGGUCCUCAGGUUUGGGCAAUUGGAUGGCAGAAAGCAGUCUCCCAAAUUGGACCUAAUUUCAUAUGGUGGGUAGUAGCUCAGAGUGUCUUCUACCACCUCUACAAUCAAGUCUCUUACAUGUCCUUAAACGAGAUUUCUCCGCUAACAUUCAGUAUUGGGAACACCAUGAAGAGGAUAUCAGUUAUAGUCUCUUCAAUUAUCAUCUUCCAUACACCUGUUCAGCCAGUUAAUGCCCUUGGAGCAGCCAUUGCAAUUCUUGGAACAUUCCUCUACUCACAGGCAAAGCAAUAAGUUAUUAGACAGAUGAGAUGUUGGCACAAGCGUGAAGGCACUUGAGGAAGAAUCACAUUUGGACCAACAAUGAAACCUGACAGUGCAAGAGGGAAAUGAUCAGUUUAGGAGAGAAACCAUGUUGAAGGCCAAGGAAUAAUCUCUGGAUCUCUGAUCCACUAUAUUCUCUGCUCUUGGGACAAAAUGUGCAAUGUUCUUCCAGGAUUAAUUGCUAGAGGCAUUAUCUAGUAGGAUGCAGAGAGAUUGAUUAGUUCUGAGGAAAGAAAGAAUGCCUGGAUUUUUUUUUUUUUCAUUUUACUCUUCAGAAUCCAUUAACAAUUUUCUGGAAUGUAAUAUAUGUCUCAACCUGAAUGUUCAUCGUGAAAUAUUUGUUGUGUAAAAAAAGUUAGUAAUUCAGUUUUUGUAGCAUUCUCUGCCA